CAGAGGAAGCCCAAAAGGCCAUUAACUUGGUUUAAACAAGGUUCAAAUUGCCCCCAUGAAAAAUCAAAUUGCCCCACUGUGGGCGUCGGCCUCACGUUGGGAAUAACUGCUCUAGAGAGAACACCUAAUGGGUGAAAGAAUAAUUAUGAGCGUUCCCCAUGUAUUGUGAAUAAUUAUUCCACAAAUGGGGUGAUAAUCCUGCUAAAAGAAAUCAACAAAUUGGUUUGAAAAGACUUUAGAAAAACCUUGCAACCAAAGGAGGAUCUUGUUUGAGUCCAAUUCAACUUUUGGAUAUUAUGCAGACAUGUCCACUUUUGCUUUCUUGGCAAGAGUACAAAGCGACUUGCCACUGUCACCUUUUUAAAAAAAUAUUUUCUGUCUAGCUUGCUGUUCGGAUGUUUUCUGAUGGCCUCCUUUCCAAUUUGCUGAUGAAGUCUAAUCCAGCUGCUGGUUUAUCAUGUAAUUGGCAGCUGGAGGUUACUACUAGGAAUGGGAGUUAUGAUGGGCUUAUUGUAGUGUAGUAAGUGAGCAUUUAAAUGCAUAAACAUGCGACUAUUUAUUAACCCAUGCUUUUUAAGCAAACAGUUGGUAAGGGUAAUAAAACCUCAAUUUGAACAAUUUUUCUGUGCCCCAGAUUGGCAGUGAGUAAGUGACUGCCUUAGAAGUCAUUGCAUUUUGUUUGUUAAGUCACCUUUUGGUUUUAUAUGUAUUAGUUCAUGUGGGUAUUUUGUCCUUUUUUUAGUGGGCAUAACACAUGAACUGAUUUUCUUUCACCAUAGGUUUAUCAUAUUAGAGAAAUUUGACUAAAACUUGGUGGAUGUGAUAAACAUUAUGGUACAAUAUGAAGUUGAAUUUUCUAUCCAUCUUAUUCCAUUAUUGAAAAUUGUUUUAGUUUUCAUUAAAAUUACAUGUGAUUUUUAUGCCCCUGCCCUUCCAUUUUCUCAUAGAAACUGAAUUACUGAGAGAAAUUAAAAGUUCCUAUGUUUUAUUCCACUUAGAAAGAAAGUGAUAUUAAUAUCUGGUCUGCUUUAACACCUGCCAGCAACUCGGCUUUAAUAGUCAAUGAGAUGCAUUCAUAUUUACUACCUAAGACAGCAAUUAUUCAGAUGGAAAACAAACUGUGGAGUGCAAGAAAAAAGAAAGAAAAAAGCAAAGGAAGAAAUCAUACAGCUCUAACAAUUCCAUUGAUAACUUGAUGGCGGAAAUGCCAUUUGCUGAAGCAGAUAUUGAACUUGAACCUAGCACCUCGAGCAAAUCUAAACCAUCUGUUAAAAAGAAGAGAAAGAGAAUAGCAGGAAAGGGGAGUGAAGAAGACAGCACAAUAACGAAGAAAAAGAAAAACCAAGACAGACCCAAUUAUUUCAUUUCUGUUCCAAUCACAAAUCCAAAGAUUAUAGAUGGCAUUCAGACUCUUCAGAACACAAUCAUACAAAAAGAUAAUAGGCUCUCCAAAGCAAUGAUUCAUUAUGGCUCUUUCCAUGUCACCCUCUUAGUGAUGCAUCUGUCCAAUGAAGAAGCAAUUAGCAAUGGUGUUGGUGCUUUCUUGGAGAGUGGAGGCUUAAUUGAAGAAUUACUGCAAGGAAAACCUUUGAAUUUGUCUUUUCAAGGUACUGAUCACUUCAAAAAUCAAGUUGGAUUUGUAAAGUUGACAGAGGGUGAUAACACAACCACGCUUUUAAAGAUAGCAGAAAUUGUGAAGAAGAUGUUUCAAGAAAAAGGUAUCGUCACAGAUGACAAAGUUUUAAAGCCUCACUUGACCUUCAUGAAGUUGUCAAAAUCCCCAAAACUACAAAAGCAGGGAGUGAAGAGAAUUGAUUCAAGCAUGUUUGCAAAUUUCAAAAAUUAUCAUUUUGGAGAUGAACUUAUGAACCGUCUAGAUCUUUGCUCAAUGUUGAAAAAAAAGCAACCCAAUGGCUACUAUCAUUGUGAAUCCUCAAUUGUAGUAGGUGACAUAAAGGGGGCAGAGCCAGAUGAUGCAGAAUUGCUGAGCCUCAGCAAAAAACUGGUGGAGACUGCGGUCCUCAAGGCGGUACAGCAGUAUCUAGAAGAAACUCAAAACAAAAACAUUCAAAAUGAUUGUGGGACCCCAGUGAAAACUGAGGAGGUGGCUAUUGGAAAUAGCAAAGAAAGCGAGAAUGACAUUAGUAGAAAAUGACUGUUUUGGAGGACAAAAAGGCAGGGCUGUAGCACCAACAUCCAUGUCUCUGCUCCCUACUCCUCAGAGUUGUUCUCGCUGGCAUGAUGGUUAUGGUUUGCUAUCAGGUAUCGUUUCUGAACUGAGAACACAGAGCUUUACAAGAGACAGAUGCCAAUGCUACUGAAAAUGAUUAUUAAAAAAACUUCUGAACUCUGGGAAAGAAGAUAAGACUGAGAGAGGAAAGGACAAGAAGGACAGAGAGAUGUGAUCCCCCAAAGUGCCAUCUUUCUUGUAUUCUUGACUACAGAGUUAUUUCUCCAUUGCUUUCUUUCUGUGCCGCCUGGAAGCAAACCGAAUGGCCAAAGAAACAGUAUCUUGAAUUUUGUUCAGCAGAACUAAAUAAAGUGUUUUGUUGGAGAAGAAGGCAAUUAUUGUAUCGAAGAGCAGUCACUACUGAAAUCUUAAUGUGAACCACAGUUACUG